AUGCCCAAGUACAUCGGUCUCCUAAAUGAGAAAUUUAUUUUCCUUUCCAUUGCCCCUUUCCCACAUUUCCCAGAUGCUGCAAUAAUUCAAAAUGCAGGAGGCAUUGAAGAGGAGCUCCUUAAGAAAGAUACGAAACCAGCCGUGAUAGACGCAGCAGCGAAAGCCGGCGCAGCACUGGCCAAGAUACUCCAGCGUGACACCUCCCUCAACGUUGCUGAUGAAAAGGACAGCGUGCUGAAGGCCCUCAACGCUCUCAGCCUCGGCGCCGAACCCGAAGAAGGCACGGAAGAGUACUUCAUAAUGCUAAUUGUGAAGGCCAUCGCUAUUGGAUUAGGCACGGGAGCACUGUCUGCUGGAGUGAAGCAUCUCGUGGAGAGAAACCAAGAUAAGCAAGAGGGCUAAUAAACCUACAGUGAAAUUUUCA